UUCCCCCCCCCUAAGGGCUGCCCGGUGCCCCCGGGGCUGCCUCCGGAUGGACCGGAGGAGGCUGCGGAUUUUUAGAUGUGCCCUGAUGCUGCGGGCUCUCCCCGCUCCCGGCGAUGCAGCUCUCCUCCAGCGUGGCUGAGCUUAGUUGCGACGAGACGAUGGACCCUCCCGCCGAGGACUUCCAGCAGGUCCUGUCCAUCGACCAAAUCCGCUCCAUCCGCGCCAGCAACAACUACGUGGAGCGCCCUGCUGCCUGCUGCCAGCAAGCCCGCUCCAACCCCUCCCUGGCUCAGCCGCCCCACAAGCAGGACCGCUCCCAGGACCGCUCCUCCGCCUUCCAGGACCUGCACCGCAGCCACAGCCAGCAGCACCAGGUGCCACCCCUGCAGCAGCAGCAGCAGCAGCAGCAGCCCAUGAGCCACUCCAGCACCGCCAGCUCCGUCUCCCAGGGCACCACCGCCUCCGACCAGCGGCUCCUCAGCACCCUCACCCCAUCCCACUCCGGACACUCCCUCAUCCGGACGCAGCCCCGGCCAGGCGAGCUGAAAGGGGAGGAGGAAUCCCCUCUGAAAGGGGCGGACGGGGAGAAGCCCACCGCCGCCACCGGUACCGCCGGUACCGCCAGCCUGCACCACGCCGGUCACCUCCUGCUGGUGUGCGAGGAGUGCGGGCGCUGCAAGUGUCCCCGCUGCACGGCCGCCCGCAGCCUCCCCUCCUGCUGGCUCUGCAAUCAGCGCUGCCUCUGCUCCCCCGAGAGCCUCCUGGACUACGGGACGUGUCUCUGCUGCGUCAAGGGCCUCUUCUACCACUGCUCCACCGACGACGAGGACACCUGCGCCGACGACCCCUGCUCCUGCGGGCCGGGCUCCUGCUGUGCCCGCUGGGCUGCCAUGAGCCUCCUCUCCCUCCUCAUGCCCUGCCUCUGCUGCUACUUCCCCACCCUGGGCUGCCUCAAACUUUGCCAGCGGGGCUACGACGGCUUCAAACGGCCCGGCUGCCGCUGCCAGAGCCACACCAACACGGUCUGCAGGAAGAUCUCCUCCUCCUCCAGCACCCCCUUCCCCAAGACGCUGGAUAAGCCGGUAUGACCCUCCCGGGGAGGAGAAGCAAACUUCCUCCUCCUCCUCCUCCUUCUCCUCCUCCUCCUCCUCUCCGUCCUCCUCCUCCUUCAGCCUUGCCAAGCUCCCCACUCCCCACCAUCACCUCCCAGGAAGGUGAACUGGGGGCCCCUCCAGCCCCCGGGACCACGGAGGCAGCACGGAGCUGGUGGGACAGGGUGGGUUUGCAAUGCAGGGGUGAGGGACCAGGAGAGCUGCUGGUGGCCUCCCUGGCCCUGCCCCGCUGGGAAGGGAGACAUGAAGGGUCCUCAGGACUUCUCAGGGGGGUUGAGGAGCUGCUGCUGCCCCACAGUGUGGUUCUGCUAGAUGGAGGGGAAGAGGCAGCUCAACACACCCCCGUGCAAGAGCCCUCCAAGAGCCAGACCUCCUCCUCUCCAGCUCCCUCCAGCACCUUUGGUGGUGGUCUCUCUCCUCUCAUGUGGCUCUGCUUUCCGCCGGGAGCCAGGGGGUCCCACCGGUGGCAGUGCCUUCCCUCCAGGCUUGGAAGCCACUGGAGAGAAGCAAGCGAGCUUCCAGGGGAGGCAGCAUCGUAUUUUGCUGUCUCAAAGAGGAAGGAAAGGUGUGGGAAGCUUUAGAAGCCUUCUGGCAGGGGAAGGAGCUAUUGGAGGCAGCCCAGCCCACUCGCUUCUGCCCGACUGCAGCGAGGGGAAGGGCCCUCCAUGGGAUCUGGCUGAGAAGGAGAAGCUGGUUUGAAAUUGCCAUUCAUGUCUCCAUGCCUUGAAGAGCUGCCAGAGCCCGGCAGGGUGGGACCUGCUGCCCGGAUCCAUCCCACCACCCAGCAGAUGCCACCACCUCCCUGCUCCCUUCCACCAGCACUGGCUUCACUUGAACAAAAAAAAGCCCCUGGGGGCUCCUGCAGCCCCUGCUUGGGGCCCGGGAGGAGCAGAGAGCAGAAGGGGGAGUUGAAAGGGGGAAGCUGGACCUUCCCUUCCUGCAGAUGUUGUCCCUGGGGCCUCCUUCACCUCCCACCAGUGUCACCCCCCACCAGUGUCACCCCUCUGAGGGUAUUCUGCCUGGAGAUGGGUCUGAGCCAAGCCCCGGGGCUGGACCAUCUGUGGAGCAGAAGGAGACUUGAGUGAGGGUCAGACUUGAGUGAGGGUCAGACCUGAGUGAGGGUCAGGCCUUCGUGGUUUACCUGCUGUGACAGUAAUAAACCCAAGCCCUUGCUGGGACCUCUUCCAGGUGCUGGGCUCAGCCCCAUCUCCUCUUGACAAGGUGUGGAGCUGUGACCCCAUCAUCCCCUCACUCAGGGGGGGUCAGGAUCUGGGGUGAUGUCCCAGUGCUGGGUCUCCUCUGAGGUGUGUGUAUGAGUGCAGAGGGAAGCAGAUGGUUCCCCAGGAGAUAUAUAUGCAACGUGUCCCUUGGCUUCCUCCACCACCCCGGGGCUCAUCCGUCACCUUCCCUCAGCUCCUCCCACCCCCCCCUCCUCAACUCAGAGUUCUGUGGAUCUAUUUUUGUAUAUAUAAAUACCCCGUUAGGCUGCCUUGGUCUAGUGCUAAUAAUACUCCUGAGACUGCUGUGAAGGGUGCCAGAUGCGAGGUUUGGCUUCCUGGUCCUCUUGCACAUGCUGGGAGAUGAGCUCCUGCUCUGCUCAGGGCUAAUCCCAACCUCCCCUUCCCCUGGAGCUGGGAGAGGGGGACGGGGAGGUCUCUUUGCCAGGAGAAGGUUUGGGUUCCUGCUGGCUGUGGGGCCAGGCGGAGCCCGGCCGUGGGAUUCCUCUUUCCCUACAUCUGCUCUCUGAAACCUGUGGCUGCUCCAGGCUCCCUCUGCCCAGGCAGGGACUCAUCCCUUGUGCCAAGGUCCUGCAUCCAGCUCUGCCUCCUGCCUGCCCCUCCAGCUGAUGGAGAUGGAGCCCACCCCUGGUGUGCCUGGGAAGGACCCCAAACCCCCAUCUCGCUCCCACCCGGAGCCUGAGCGAGGGGAAUGCUGGAAGGAGCUUCCUCUGGCCAAAGAGGGGACCCCACCUCCACGCAUGGAGGGAAUUCUGGACAAUGCCCUGGUCUGGGUAGAGAUCUCCUGGUCCUGGAGAGACCUUCCCAUCCCCAGAGCCUGGCCCUGGACUCUGAAGCCGUUUGGGUUUUGAGGCACCGACCUUCUCUGAGGGUGCCCCGUGGCUGUGUGCACCCCUGUGGGAUCAGCCCCUGGGAUCAGCCCCUGGCUCUGGGGCAGCACUUAGAAAAUAGAUUGCAAUCAUAUUUAUCUGUAGGCCAAUAAUUGCUUGGCUCCCUACUUCCAAGCCAUGUCUGGGGGAGAGGCUUCCACCAAGAGAUAUCUUCCCUCUGGAACACUCAGCUCACUUUCCUGUUGGUGCUGAUUCCACUCCUUCCUAAAAAAAUGCAACAUUUUUUUAGGGGGAAAACAAAAAAGGUCUUUUUUUUUUUUUUUUCUCUCACUGAGGAUGCAAGGAACUUGAAUGGGAAUGUGAAACAGUUCAUUGAAACUUUCUUUAAAGAAAACUAAUGAGCAGUUUUCCAACUUGCUCCACUUUGAUUAUUUUUUUUCCCCCUCUCCUUCUUAAAUGGCUCCUACUUGUAAAUUUAGUUACCACCUCUGUAUCUCUGCGAUUCAUUGCUUCCUCUCCUGAUGGUGGAAUGACUCAACAUGUGAAGCUUCAUCAUUUUCACGGCCUCCAAAGUCGUGCGAACGAGGGGGUGACCUCCCCCGGGUGCUGGAGCUGGGGGGGGGAGCAGAUGGCCCUGUCCCCAGCCCCUGUCCCCAGCCCCUGCCCCCCGGGGCACCUCCAGGACCCUCCCGCACAAUGGGAUUUUUCUGGGUCAGCACAGAAUUCCUGCUUCUGCCAGGGAAUGGUGCCAGAGUCCAGCUGGGCCUCCUCAAUGGCUCAUCCCUGGGAAAUGAGAAACCUGGGAGAGGUGUUUGAUGAAAUAUGGGAUGUGUUGAAGGGAAUCAGAGAGGAGGAGAGCUCCCAGUCCUCACUCCUGUUCCUCACUCCUCUUCCUUACUCUUGUUCCUUACUCCUGUUCUUUGCUCCCAUUUCUUGCUCCAGUUCCUCUCCAGUUCCUCUCCCCCUGCUCUCAGCAGACAGGACCCUUGGGAUUCCCCAGGCCACCUCCAGUUCCCUGGAAGCUGUGGGGAGCCUCUGGACACGUUUUUCUCCCAGUCUUUUCCCAACAUCUUCAGCCUGGAUCCAUCCUGCUCCCUGCCCAGCCCCAGCUGCCAGGCAGAUUGGUUUCCCUGCAGCUGACUCCAGUUUGGGUCUGGGCUGGGAGCCCCUUUCCUGCCCCACCCCAUCGUGACUCAGCUCCCAGCUGCUCCAGAUGUUUGCCAGCAGCUGCUUGCCCUGGCACUGGGGGUUUGUCUUGUGCUUUGCUUUGGGAACAUCACACGCUGGGCUCUCUGUUCCUCCUGGGCUUUGAGGACAGAUCUCCCUCUCAAGGGACCUUUUGUGUCUCUGCAGAUCAUGGGCUCCUUUGCCAGGAAACCUGUGGGGCUGUUGGGCAGAUUUAGGUGGGGAAAGAGGCUCAGGUUCCACAGAUCAGGAGACAGGGAGCUGCUCAGCAGGACUUGAGCUCCCCCAGCUCUGCUCCCCAUCCAGGAGCUCCUCUUCCAACCCAAAGGUCCAUCCACACAAGGGCUCCUGCUGGUGCUUGCUCCCCUCCUCCCUUGCUGCCACACGUGGUGUGGGGAGGGCUCACUGGGGUCUCCAUCCCAUCCCAUCCCAGUUCCCAUAAACCUCCUGCUGGGAAGGCAGGAGUGGUUCUUGGGCUGCUCUCCACCUAAUCCCUGAGAAACCCCUCUGCCAGGGCUCUGCUCUCAGGCUCCCAAAAAAUCCCCUUGAGCUGGCUCUUCCCCAUCCCCACCUGGGAGCCCACCUGGGGAAUUCUGAUCCUCCAGAGCUUCCCAAGCCCAGGAGAACAUAAAGAGCUGCUGAGGUGCAGUGAAGGGGAUGAGGGGGCUGAUGUCUGCACAGCCCAAACCUCCUCCUCCCAGCACCCCUUCCUUGGUUUCCUCUCUGCCCCUCAGCUCUUUUGAGGUCCUCAGGUGCUGGAAGGUCCCAUUUUGGGAUCAGAUUGUGAGGAGAGCCAGGAAGGGAUGUAGCCUCAUCCCAAAGCCCAUCCUGGGGGGUUGAUCGGAUCCAGCUCAGGUUUGUCUCCUUCCAUGGAGCUCAGGCCAGUGGGAUGCCAGGAUGGGACAGUCACCUGGAUGGAGGGAGGUUGGAUGGAUGGAUGGAUGGAUGGGAGGGAUGGAUGGAUGGAUGGAUCUAUAGAUGGGAGGGAUGGAUGGAUGGAUGGAUGGAUGGAUGGAUGGCAGCCUGUGCUGCCAGGCUGAGCCCCAUCCCCUUCCCCUCCCCUCCCUUUCCCAACCUUUCCAACAUUUCCUCCUGGCCCCAGCUCUGCAGCCUCCUGCUUCCCCAGGUGUCCUCAGCACAAAGUUCUUUGAUAGAGCCAUCACCUUCUGGCAGUUCCCGGAGAGUCCUCCUCCCAGGAACCCAAAGGCCUGGAAUCUGCUGUGGUAUGUGGGUCCUAAGCUCUCUGCCCAGUGGCAUACAGGAGGACCCUUCCCAGCUGCCUUGUCUGGGUCCCUUUUCUCUGCAGGCUAUAACAGCAUGUUUGGAACCUGGGGGCUGGGGUCUGCCUAGCUCUGUACCUUCUAAGGGGAAAGGGAAAAAUAAAUUAAAAAUAAAAAUAUAGUAGUUAAAAAAGCAACCAACCAAAGUAUUUUUUGAAAAGUUUAUUUUAAAAGUUAAGAAAAAAAGAAAAAAAACACUAUUUAUUUUAAUGCCACCCCUCUUCUGUUUGGUUUUGCUCCUCUUGCAAAGCUGAUAACUGUCUACUGAACCACUGCUGAGAGGAAGAAGUAAAUUCCAUGGGUGGGCUUCCUGAGCCCACUUACAGAACUUAUUCAAUUAAAAAUCUCUC